AUGAGAUCAGGUGUCCGGGUACCCCACAUCAUGCACAGGACCAGACAAAGAACUGCCAGCCUGUGGAGCAGCUCCUCCGGUGAUGUAACACAGACAAGUCUUGAAAACGAAGUCAGCCAACAGAUCCAGGUCACAGAACCAACCCCUCGUGGAAGUUCCGGGAGAGUGAGAAUUCAAAGCAGUAUUUCAACAGAAGGAAUGGCAGCAGACACGCGCAGUGACAGAACGCUUUGUUCAGAUCGUGGAAUCCUUCAGACUGAAGCCAGCCGAGUCCCACAGAUCACCAGCCUAGACAAGAUGGCAGAGACCGCGAAACUGCACGUUGAGAAGAAAUAUGACGGAAAUUGAACAGAAAUGUCAAAGACACAAAUCAACGCGGACGUCACUGGAACUGGAACUGGAACUGGAACUGUCUUCUCUCGCGAGACACGUCACGGCGUCAAGGCUGGGCGUCAGUGUUUUCCUGACCUUUCCUGCUGACGCCAGGCCAGGGACCAAGGCUGGGUGGAUCUGGUGUAGCUACCCGGUAUGACACAGGACGAUUGCUUCACCCGACGUCGUCGUUAGCCAGCGAGAUAAGGGGCGAGUUGUUUGUCUAGUUGCGGUGGCUGAGGAUUCUAGAAUGUUGCCUUGUGUGCCAGAGGAGUGUAGGGUCGACUUCACCAUGAAUCGCAGUGAACUGCAGUGUCGCGCGACAUCAAACGCCCGCCAUGUUUUGUUUUGUUUUCAUUUUCACAAUUUUUUUAAUCUAAGCUUGUAUGAAUGGGUUUCUUAAUCUCUAUUUUUGUUGUUGUCUUUAUGUUAUUUUAUGUGGGAGUGAGAAGGUUUUGGGUGGUGGUUUUUUCUCCUGGUUUCUGUCCUUAAGAAUCAGGGCUUGUGCACUCGUUUAUUUUUGAAUCUAUGUUUGUUUGUGAAUGCUUGCGCUUAUGCAUAAGUGCGCGUGUGCGUGUGUGUAUAUAUAAUUUUUGACUGUGAUCGUUUGUGCGUGUGCGCGCGGGUGUUUGGUGAUACAAGCAUAAAAUGUUACACCAUUAAAGGUACAGCAAAGACUGUGAGGCGUGAUGAGGCUGUGGCGUGCUGUGUGACGUCAAAAUACGUCUACGUACAUACACACUAGUUGUUUAGCGAGGCCAAAAUACGUGUGUGUAUAUAUAUAUACUAGUGAAUCAGAGGAAAGCCAUGACGGGGGAAGGUAAUGAGACCAAAUUAUGGAAAUGAGACAGGCAGAUGCAGGAGAGGGAAAAGUUAGUUUGUGAGAAGUUUUUUGUU